AUGGCCACUCUUCCUUACUGCACUCUGCAUCCUCUAUCUUCUUCUCUCACUCCUUCAAAUUUGGUUCACUUUUGUCCAUGCUCUUCCAAACGUUCUUCUUCUCUUCUCCAAUUCCCCUCCAUUCUCAGACACAAAGUCACCCAGAAGCCUAGGUUGUUGAUGAUCGUCCACCCCAUUUUGCUCUUUAACGGCGUCGCCACCACUUUCUAUUUCGACACGCAAACAGUCAUCGUUACUGUCAGUGUUUUGGCCGCCAUUGCUCUUUCUCUCUUCCUUGGCCUCAAGGGUGAUCCGGUGCCUUGUGAGCGAUGUGGUGGCAACGGUGGGACAAAAUGUGUGUUUUGCGACAAUGGCAAGAUGAAGCAAGAUAUGGGAUUAAUUAACUGUAAAGUAUGCAAGGGUUCAGGUUUGAUAUUCUGCAAGAAAUGUGGAGGUUCUGGCUAUUCCCGUCGGCUAUGA